CCUGUUUAUAGAAAUUCGUGCGAUAAAAAUAGUCCAUAGCGAAAUGUGUCGUGUACGGGGGCCGUUCAAUAAGUCUCGUGCGAUGAUUUAUUGCGUAAUUACCGAAAUGAAUUCUGCUAAUUAAAAUAAUGUGGAAACGGGUCCUUCCUUCUUUUGGGCGGGCGUGACGCACUCGAGUAACAGUAACGCAACGGUAAACGGUUCGCCUUUCUAAGUCUCUCCGCUUUGUGUCCGCCGAGGAAACGGAUGGCAUGGUCCUGCAGAAGUUCGUCUCAUCUCGAUAUUGGUACACGCGCAAACCGAGAAAGCGAGGUAGCCCGUCGCUGAGUUGUCUGGUCGUCGAAUCAGAUGGGGGCUGCUAUUCCGCAAUGCCACCGACGGCCAUGAGGCUGGAAGCUUCGCCCUGCAACAACAAUAACAACAACAAUAAUAAUCACGCGUCUGGUGCCGAGCUGGAGCUUCUCGCCAAGCUGGAGGAGGCGAAUCGACUAUUCGAGUCCGAUGCGAAGUCGCUCAACUCGCUGAGCGGAAAUUCGGCGUCGGGACACUCGCGGAAGAGCUCCGAUACCUCGCAGAUUUCGCUCGCUUCGGGAACGAGCUCGACCCAGGACAGGAUCGAGGAUGGCGGCGAGGAGGACCUGUGGAGCGUGUGGGGAGGAAUCGUUAACAACUGGGAGGUGAACUGGAAGAAGUACAAUCAGCAGGUCAGGGAGCUGGUGCAGAAGGGGAUUCCGUUGCACUUUCGAGGGAUCGUGUGGCAGCUACUUUGUUCGGCUACGGACGCGCCCGAGAAGAAAUUGUAUGCCGAUUACAUUAAGACCAAAUCCCCUUGCGAGAAAGUGAUAAGGAGGGACAUAGCGCGGACCUACCCCGAGCACGACUUCUUCAAGGAGAAAGAUGGCCUGGGCCAGGAGUCACUUUUCAACGUUAUCAAGGCGUACUCCCUGCACGACCGCGAGGUCGGCUACUGCCAAGGUUCCGGGUUUAUUGUCGGCUUACUGCUCAUGCAGAUGCCCGAAGAGGAGGCCUUUGCGGUGCUCGUGAAGAUCAUGCAGGACUAUCGAAUGCGAGACAUGUUCAAGCCGACGAUGGCCGAGCUGGGCGUGUGCAUGUUUCAGCUCGAGAGCCUGGUCUCUGAGCAUUUGCCCGAUUUAAAUCAGCACUUUCAGUCGCAGAACUUUCACACUUCGAUGUACGCGUCGAGCUGGUUCCUGACGCUCUUCACGACGGCGCUCUCGUUGCCGCUCGCGUGUCGGAUCAUGGACGUCUUUCUCUCCGAAGGGAUGGAGAUCAUUUUUAAAGUGGCCCUCUCCAUGCUUAUGCUCGGUAAAGCCGAUCUCAUGUGCCUGGAUAUGGAAGGGAUGCUGAAGUUUUUCCAAAAGGAUCUACCCGCACGCGCCGAGGCCGACCCAGAAGGUCUCAUGCAAUCCGCCUACAACAUAAAGUACAACUCGAAGAAAAUGAAGAAACUGGAGAAGGAGUACUACGCAAUUAAAUCGAAGGAGCAAGAGGAAAUGACCGAACUCAAGAGGCUACGCACGGAAAACAAGCAGCUAAGGCAUCGAUGCGAGAUGCUGGAGGAGGAGAGCAAGGCGCUCGCCGAUCGACUAGUCAGGGGUCAGGUGAGUCGCGCCGAAGAGGAGGAGACGACGUUCGUCGUGCAGAGGGAGCUGGACGCGCUAAGACACACGCAUCUCGAGACGACCCACCAUCUCGCCCUCGCCAACGAGAAGAUCCGAUCUCUGUCUCUAAUGAUGGAAGAGAGCCACACUUCACGACAGUCUUCGAUCGAGGAGAUCUCGCUGAAGCAGGAGCAGUUGCAGCAGCGAGAGGAAAUGAUCGAGUGUCUACAGGAGGAGUUGGUGAAGGUGCGCCUUCGCGAGGCCGAGAAUGACGCACUGACGCGUGAGUUACGGACGCGCAUUCACGAAUUGGAAGAGGACAAGAAGACCUUGAGGGAGACGACACCGGACAAUAGCGUCGCGCACUUACAGGAGGAAUUAAUCGCUGUGAAACUGAGGGAGGCAGAGGCGAACUUGUCGUUAAAAGACUUGCGGCAGCGAGUCGCCGAGCUCAGCAAUCAAUGGCAGCGCCACCUACAGCAGGACCACAAGCAAGAGUCGGCGCCAUCGAGUGACGCGUUGAGCACGCCGAAGAAGCUCCUCUUCUGGGAGAAUCGGCAUAACGAGACGCAGCGCGUCGAAGAGGAACUGAUGACCACCCGUCUCCGAGAGAUGGAAACGCUGACCGAAGUGAAAGAGCUUCGCCUCAAAGUGAUGGAGUUGGAAACGCAGGUGCAGGUGAGCACCAAUCAGCUGCGGCGGCAGGACGAAGAGAUCAAGAAGCAGAAGGACCUACUGGAGAAGGGCGAGCUGCGCGAUCGGGACGCGGCCGCCCGACUUCUCGACGAGCACCGCCGCUACAAAGAUCUCGAGACGAAAAUGCAGGAGGAGCUCAUGAACGCGCGAAUUCGCGACGCCGAAAAGACGCAGGCCGUCGUCGAGCUAACUCAGAAGAUUAGUCAACUUGAACUGAAGAAUGAAGAGAUCGCGACCGAGGGCGAGCUUCGCAGUCAUUCGGUUGACGAUAACGAGAGGAUUCGCGAACUUCAAGAUAAGGUGGCGGAUUUGCAGGCGGAG